AUGUCGAGCACUCCAAAUGAUACGCCUCAGCGGGCAACGGCCGCUCAGAUGGCCAGCAGGAAGAUCAAAGAACUCAACAGGCGUCGAACCAAGCCAUCAACACCGUCUACUCCCCAAGCAGCAUUCUCAUUCGGUGAAAGCAUCCCUGGCGUCGCGGCACCUUCCACAAAUUCUACAGCUUCCAACGGCUUCAGCUUUGGUCAGUCUCAGAGCUUUCCUGGAGCAGCACCUUCGAGUGGCACUCAAAACGGGUCUUCGAUCUCCUUUGGCUCUGGCGGUUCAUCGAACUUCAAUUUUGGCGGGUUUACUGCUUCGAACAACCCAUUUGCCAACUUGAACGGCGCAUCACAACCUCAAAAUCAGACAACCAACUUGUUUGGUGGCCAGAGUUCAACUAUGCCUUCACAGAAUCCUAGCCCAGGUCUUUUUGGUCAGACCUCUGCCGCCCCCUCUGCUUCGCCGCCUAUCUUUCAAUCUCAGCCAGCAGGUUCUGGCUCUGGCUUGUUUGGUCAGUCGACUACCACAGCUCCUUCUGGCUCUGGUUUCCAGCCACAACCCGCUUCAAGCGGCUCAACCUUGUUUGGACAGUCUACAACUGCAAGCACUAGUGCCCCAAAUCCCUUUGCGCAGUCGACGUCGAUUGCUCCUUCAACAACUUCCCAGCCCGCCGCAGCAACCACCGCUCCUCCUUCGAUGUUUGGUCAGUCAUCUACUUCUGCUGCUCCAGCUUCUUCCAUUUUCCAGCCAAAACCGGCGGCAACAACAACAGGAUCGUCUCUUUUUGGACAAAAUGCCCCAGCAACUACGACAGGCGGUACGAAUCUGUUCGGUCAAACAUCUGCGAAAGCACCAUCUGAUACUGGCACGACUGCCAACGGUCCCACUUCUUUGUUCAGCCAGUCAUCUACCGCCAGUACUUCCGGUCCAUCAUUGUUCCAACCAAAAGCAGCUACCAGCGGUGCCGGAAAUCUGUUUGGUCAAACCACGCCCUCUACUGGCAUAAUGGGUGGAACAUCUCUAUUUGGACAACCUACUGCGUCUAAAAAUGAAGGUGCCUCAAUUUUUGCCCCGUCUACACCAAACAAGUCCAGCGCUGCUGCAACUUCAGCUGCACCAUCCAACAUUUUCAGCUUUGGUCAGCCUGCUACUUCCACGACCCAAAAGCCUCUUUUCGGUCUAGCCAACGAUGUUGAUGACAUGAGUACUUCCCCCGACGGUAAACAAAAAACAGGCGAACGGACGUCAGCUGCACCUUCACUUUUUGGCCAAAAAGCCGCGCAGACAUCUGAUUCAUCUGCACCUGAGACCGCUCGUCCAACGCUUUCACUUUUUGGUUCCUCCACGCCCGCAACGGCUGCCAACCCUCCAGCAACAAGUUUGGGAAGCUCUACUAGUCUGUUUGGUCAACAAGAGCCGAAAAGCGCCACACCUAGCGGCGUUGCGGCUAGUUCUGUCUUUGCUCCCACUGCUGCUCCUGCUGCUGCUUCCUCUUCCUCCAAUCCUUUCCAGUCUUUGUUUACAGGACCUUCUAAGCCGGCUACAACUACAACUCCGGCGCCAUCAUUAUCCACAAGUACUUCCACUUCCUCCCAGUCAUUAUUUGCGGGGAUUUCCAAGCCGGCUACAACUACAACUCCUACAACGUCGGUACCUAUAACUACUUCUGGUUCCUCUCAGUCAUUAUUUACGGGGGCUGCUAAACAAGCUCAAACCAAAACUCCACCUUCGACUCAACAGACUCCUAGUCAGAGGCUGGGAGGCACCAUCAUGGAUAAGGGUCCCGCUGCAACAUCUACAGCGGCCUCGGUCCAAGCACCCUCGGGGUUGUCUUCUGGGGAAAUUCUCGAUGACAAGAAGAGGUCCCAGAUUCGUGACCUAAAUCGUGGUUUUAAAGAACUUGUGGCUUCGUAUGAUCCUGAAACACAGAGCUUGGACAGCGUCAUUCUUCAUUACGUUCGCCUUCGGAAAGCCAUCAAUGCGCCAGUUGGUUCACUUGCCAAUAAACCAGGCAAACGCAAGCUCGAUGAUGCUCAUGGAAUUGAGUCUCCAGCUCAACGAACAUUUGCCAAGAAAUCAAAAGCCCAAGAACCUGAACCGGAGUUUCCAUCUUAUUCUCCCGUGACGUCCUCAACAAGCAAACGAAAGUCAUCAGAAGAUCUUGAAGAUGGCUCGGCUGGUAAACGUAGAGCCCAAGCUCACGCGCGCCCUGCUACGACUGGACAAAACGCAGCUGGAAAAUCCGAAACAUCCAACAUUUUUGCAAGUUCGUUCUCGUCUGGCUCAAAAGCCCCGACGGAUGCUGUUCCGGAAUUGAAGAAACCUGUCACCACGUCUGACAGCUCUCGUGUCUUCGGGUUGAAACCAAGUGCUCCCUCCGAAACGGAGACGCCUCGUCCAGCAUCGCCCCAGAAGAAACUUCCCGAACCCGCCACCAAGCCAGCUUUCCAGGUCCCUAAUUUUGGUAACCUUGCUGGCCAGAAUUUCACUGGCCAAUUCGGCCAGGGAAGCUUCAAGCAGUCUUCGACAGAGACACCUAAGGUUAACAUCGAGGUUCCCAAAUUCGGUGCUUCUGGUCAGAAUUUCAUGAGCCAAUUUGUCAAGCAAGCUAAAGAAGACGAUACAGACGAGGAUAGCAGUGACUCUGAUGCGGAACCUCAACCUGAGAAGCCUGUCGAUAAAGUAGCUCCUCCUGUCCUGCCUCAGCCCAAGACUACUACUUCAUCUUCCAUUUUUGACAGCAAACCAGCAACGCCCUCGCUCGCAACAAACAACAUUUUUGGCCAUCUUACAAAUUCCAAUACAAACUCUGAUGCUGGCGAGUCCUCUGAUGAUGAUAUCACAGGGCAAUUAAAGAAGCGAGCCAAAAACAAUCAGCCCGUCUCUGAGGCUGAGAAUGCCUCCGAGUCCAAGUCAACUGCCAGUCUUUUCGGGCGUAUUACGAAACCCGACGGAACGCCAGUCCACGUCAGCUCAGACGAGGACAAAUCGGAGACUCCAAAGCCGAAACCUCUCUUUGGUCAGGGUGCUCCUACCAAUCCUUUUGCUGCUUCAAACUCAAACGGCACGCCGUCAUUGUUUAGCUCAGUAUCUACACCAAAAACUUCGAACAUCUUUGGAGGUCCGCAACCGUCAACCUCAAACCCAUUCAGCUCCAUCAGCUCUAACGUGGCUGCCCACCUGCUUCCCAACCAUGGAGGAACGACAACGACUAGUGUAACAUCCGAUUCGAAUGCGGAUGAAACCGAUACUGAAACCUACAAGGAUUCCCAGCUUAACUUGAUGACCAAUGCGGGAGAAGAGGAUGAGGAAGUUCUCUACGAAGGCCGCUCCCGAGCCAUGAAAUUCGUGGAGAAGCAGUCCGAAGGCAAGACAGAAAAGACCUGGGAAGUGCAGGGUGUUGGUCAACUACGUUUGCUCGUGAAUAAAGAAGCCAAGCGCGCUCGCAUUGUCUUGCGUGCAGAGCCCAGUGGCCGAGCCGUCCUCAACACUGCAAUCAAUCGUGCCAUCGACUACAAAGUGCAGCCCGGCAGUUGCCAAUUCCUCGUCCCUCGUGCGGAUGGCUCCGGUAUGGAUCUAUGGGGCCUCCGCUUCAAGAAAGAAGUCACUGCAGAAGUUGAGAAUGCUUUGAAGUCUGCCAAGGAUUCUCUGUCCAACUAA